UCUAUCAUACCCUUAUGAACAAUUAAUCUAAUUGAAUUGUUUGUAUAGAGAAUUAUUUGAAACAAAGAUGGAAGGUGAUAACAAUUCAAAUGAAAGGCUACUUGUUAAAAGGGAAGUAGAGGAAGAAGAGAAACUAAGAGACAAACUAUGGAAAGAGACUAAGAAAAUGUGGGUAGUGGCUGCUCCGGCAAUCUUCACCCGAUUCUCCACCUUCGGCAUUAACGUUAUAAGUCAGGCGUUUAUCGGCCACAUCGGUGCCACUGAACUCGCCGGUUAUGCUCUUGUCGACACUGUCAUUUUGCGAUUCGCCAAUGGAAUUCUGUUAGGGAUGGCAAGUGCAUUAGAGACUUUAUGUGGCCAAGCAUAUGGAGCAAAGCAAUAUUCCAACCUUGGCAUCUAUCUUCAAAGAUCGUGGCUAGUAUUGCUCAUGUGCACAUUUUGUCUCAUCCCGGUUUUUGUAUUCGCCGCUCCGAUAUUGAAACUUUUAGGUCAAGAAGACUCGAUAGCCAACAUGGCCGGGAUCAUAGCCCAUUGGUUAAUCCCGGUUAUUUUCGCUUUCAUCUUGUCUUUCACUUGCCAAAUGUUUCUUCAAGCACAAAGCAAGAACAUUAUCAUUUCUUACUUGGCCUUAUUCUCACUCACGGUACACAUUUUCCUAUCGUGGCUUUUAACCGUCAAAUUCAAGUAUGGGAUUUCAGGGGCGAUGAUUUCAACCAUCUUGGCUUAUUGGCUACCUAAUGUCGGCCAAAUCAUUUUCGUCACUUGUGGUGGUUGUAAAGACACUUGGAAUGGAUUUUCGUGGUUGGCUUUUAAGGAUUUGUUACCAAUUAUAAAACUCUCCUUAUCAUCCGGUGUCAUGCUAUGUCUCGAGCUUUGGUACAAUACAGUAUUGAUUCUAUUGACGGGGAACUUAGAGAACGCAGAGGUCGCCAUUGAUGCACUCUCUAUAUGCAUCAAUAUUAAUGGCUGGGAAAUGAUGAUUUCUCUUGGUUUUUUGGCUGCAGCAAGUGUGCGAGUAUCGAAUGAGCUUGGAAGAGGAAGUUCAAAGGCUGCAAAGUUCUCGGUUAUUUAUAUAGUGGCGACUUCCUUCACGAUCGGGCUUGUGUUAUUUACGUUUUUCUUCUUCUUACGAGGACGACUAGCUUAUAUAUUUACGGAUAAUGAAGAAGUGGCGGAUGCAGUUGCAGAAUUAUCGCCUUUAUUGGCCUGCUCUAUAUUACUUAACAGUGUUCAACCAGUUCUUUCGGGUGUGGCGGUUGGGGCUGGUUGGCAAAGUAUUGUUGCUUAUGUUAACAUCGCUUGCUACUAUUUUGUGGGGAUUCCGAUCGGUGUGGUGCUCGGCUAUGUUUACGAUAUGCAAGUAAAAGGUGUUUGGAUUGGUAUGUUGUUUGGUACAUUUGUUCAAACAAUUGUUCUAGUUAUUAUUACAUUAAGAACGGAUUGGGAUAAACAGGUGUUGAUAGCUCAAAAUCGCAUUAACAAAUGGUUUGUAGUUGAGCGAUCGCAAGAAAAUGGACAAGACCAACCUGCUUAGUUUAGUAACUUGGAAGUGAUUUUUCAUUUGAGUUUAGAAUGAUUUUGUUAUCAUUUAAGUUGUAUUUAUCUUUUUUUUGGAAAUUAUUUAAGUUGUUUUAAUCAUCAGUUUAUUAUUUGUUAUAUU